CCUCAAAAUCAAACGGUGAAGAACAAAAGAGUAUCUCAUUUGAAGACGAAGAAGAGAGGAGAAACUGAGAGAGAACGACUAAGCAAUUCAAGAAUCAAAUAUCUCCUUCUUCUUCUCUUUCUUUCUGGGUUCUUCCAAAUGCAUCACCUCGCCGUUGCCCUAAAAUUCCACUCUUUUUCUCCUCACUAUGCGUUAUCCCUCUCCAAUUUCUCCACCCAAAGCCCUAAUCCUCGCCUCCCUAGUUUCCCGCCAUUAGCUCCAGUCCCUCAUGUGAGCAGCUCCGUUUGCCUCCGCUGUCGGAGCAGUGCCGCUGAUGUAUCCCCGCUUAAAUACGCCGAUGGCUCCUCCUCCAUCGGCUCUCUCGGGGAAAAUGGAGAUAUCGUGGUGGCCGAGAAACCUAUCGAUGUCGCAACCCUGGGUAAUCUCUGCGUCGACAUUGUUCUCAGUGUUCACGAAUUGCCCCCUCCUUCUCGCGGAGAGCGCAAGGCGCUCAUGGACGAACUCUCUCUUUCUCCCCCAGAUAAGAAAUACUGGGAAGCAGGUGGCAACUGUAACAUGGCUAUAGCGGCUGCUAGAUUGGGGCUUCACUGUGUUGCGAUUGGUCACGUGGGGGAUGAAACCUACGGUGAGUUUCUUCUAGAUGUGCUUCAUGAAGAAGGAAUAGGUACGGUUGCAUUGGAUAAAGGAACAACUGCCAAAGAUAGCAGCUCAUAUUGUGAGACUCUUAUUUGCUGGGUUCUUGUGGAUCCUUUGCAACGACAUGGGUUUUGCAGUCGAGCCGAUUUCAAGGAGGAACCUGCUUUCAGUUGGAUCACAGACCUAUCUGAUGAAGUAAAGAUGGCAAUCAGACAGUCAAAAGUUCUUUUCUGCAAUGGUUAUGACUUUGACGAUUUCAGCCCUACUUUUAUAAUGUCAACGAUAGAUUAUGCUUCCAAAGUUGGGACAGCUAUCUUCUUUGAUCCUGGACCACGGGGAAAGAGUCUUUCCAAGGGAACUCCUGAUGAGCGUAGAGCACUUGCUCACUUCUUAAGAAUGAGCGAUGUUCUUCUUUUGACAUCCGAGGAGGCGGAGGCUCUAACUGGCAUCAGGAACCCUGUAAAAGCAGGACAAGAAAUUCUGAGGAAUGGAAAAGGAACGAAAUGGGUGAUUGUAAAGAUGGGCGCGAAGGGAUCAAUUCUUGUGACGAAGUCUAGUGUCUCAGUGGCUCCUGCGUUUAAGGUGGAAGUGGUUGACACUGUUGGAUGUGGAGACAGUUUUGUGGCUGCAAUUGCCCUAGGUUAUAUACGCAGCAUGCCGCUGGUUAAUACCUUAACAAUUGCAAAUGCAGUUGGAGCAGCAACUGCAAUGGGGUGUGGAGCAGGUAGAAAUGUUGCAAGAAGGCAUCAAGUGAUGGAUCUCAUGAAGGCCUCGAUACUCAAUGAUGAAGAGAAAUUUUUCGAACAACUCGUAGCUGAAAAUCCGGAAUCUCCGAGGAUCAAUCUUCUUUCGAAAAAGAUAAAAAAAGAUGGGAGCAGCAAGCAGCAGCAGAUAGAAACAAUCUCAAUGGAAAAAGUGGUUUCUGAAUUGCUACCAGAGCUUGAACGUGGGAGGUAUUGUGUAGAGGCUUCAUCUUGAUGCGUUUGAAACAAAACAGUGUGACACAUAUAUUACUUUGGCAGCGUGAUGUGGGGAUAUUUGAUCGCUGUCACAGGAUUUGAAUAGAGAGAAUUGUGUAAUCCAGAAGAAGAGACAAAUUCGGCUUAUGAUGAAGAUUUGGUCUGAGCUGACUCCUUAUUAUGGGGUGCAGUAGAGGAAGAGAUCUCAAGUAAAUGAUUGGUGGGGGAUUUUUUUUGAGGGUUUGGG